CCUUUGCAUACCACAUCCGCUGGUACCUUACACGUGCAUAUUGGCGACGACAUCUACCAUGAACUUCAAGAAGCCGUCUCAUCAGGAGAUGGUCCAGGUCGACCGGACUGACACGGCAUCUCCAUUCUGGCGUACCACCUCGAACAGCAGCAACCGGAGCAACAGCAGUAACAACAACAACAACAAUAGCAACAACAGCAGCAACAACAACAAUGCGGCAGGAUACCCGUCGAGUCGCCAGAACUCCGACACGCCAGAGCCCCCGCGCAAGGUGAUCGGGGCCUCAUACAGUCAUGCCGACGUCCUCAAUCUCAAUCAAUUGUCACUCUCGGGCAAUGAUCGACCACGAACACCACCGACCGCCCCACGUACCACCAGGAACACUCCCUCGCCGGGCGGCACGCGAUCGCCUCCUGCGCGACCCAAAUACUCGAGCUUUCUGUCGGAAUCGAGCAAUGCUUACGAUGACGAUGACGAUGAAGCCGAUGCCUUUGGUCUGGACGACGAUGAGGAUGAGUUUGGUCUGCCCAGUAUAGCGUCUAUGCGUCGCAAGAACAAGCGACUGGCGAAUGUGAAGGGGAAAGAUCCAGGUGGCGGUGGCGGUGGAGGUGGCAUUGAAGCGCAUGGCAGUGGUGCUGGGAAGAGAAAUAGCAAAGCCUUCGGCGGGACAUUGAACAGAAAUGGGACCAGUCAUCCUGCCUCCGCCGCCUCAUGGGCGAUGGAUAAUGGGGAUAUGGCAGAAAUGCGGACCCAACUCCCAGCAUAUCCAUCGCUCAAGAAGAGCACCGAAGGACAAAAGAUCUUGCGACCACAGUACAAGGAAAUUUUACGGGAUCCAGCCAACAGCCUUCACUUGAUAUCGCAUCCUUCACUACCUAUGAAUGCGACUGCAAAGGAAGCUGAAGCGCACUCGGCACGAACGACACGCAUUCACAAGUUCAAGCGAAUAUUGCAAUCCUCAUCUGUCAACCUCGCCGAAUUGAGAGACUCCGCAUGGUCUGGCCUACCAAGCGAAGUCCGUGCCAUGACAUGGCAGCUUCUUCUCGGCUACCUUCCUACGAACUCUGAAAGACGCGUCGCCGCACUAGAGCGAAAACGAAAAGAAUACCUGGACGGUGUCCGACAAGCAUUCGAGCGAGGGGAGAGGUUGGCAGACGCCACCGCUUCUCCCUCUUCUCCACGGACACGAGGGCGGGGUCUGGAUGAGACAGUGUGGCAUCAAAUCAGCAUCGAUGUACCUCGCACAAAUCCGCAUCUGGAACUGUACCGUUACGAGGCCACACAACGCUCCCUAGAACGGAUUCUCUACGUGUGGGCCAUCCGUCAUCCCGCCUCGGGUUAUGUCCAAGGCAUCAACGAUCUCGUUACGCCUUUCUGGCAAGUCUUUCUCGGACAAUACAUCACCGAUCCCGAAGUCGACUCAGGCAUGGACCCCGGUCAAUUGCCCAAAGCAGUGUUGGAUGCUGUGGAAGCUGAUUCUUUUUGGUGUUUGACGAAGCUGCUCGAUGGCAUUCAAGACAAUUACAUCCACGCCCAACCUGGAAUCCAACGUCAAGUCGCACAGUUAAGAGACUUGACUGCAAGAAUUGAUGGCACCUUGGCAAAACAUAUGGAACAGGAAGGCGUGGAAUUCAUCCAAUUCUCCUUCCGAUGGAUGAACUGUCUGCUCAUGAGAGAGAUCUCCGUAAGGAAUACCAUCAGGAUGUGGGAUACAUAUCUCGCCGAAGAUCAAGGAUUCUCCGCCUUUCAUUUAUACGUUUGCGCGGCAUUUCUGGUGAAAUGGUCAGACAAACUCGUCACUAUGGAUUUCCAGAGCAUCAUGAUGUUUUUGCAAUCUUUGCCGACCAAAGAUUGGACAGAAAAGGACAUUGAGUUGUUGUUGAGUGAAGCCUUUAUUUGGAAAAGCCUGUUUGCUGGCAGUAAGGCGCAUGUCAGGCAGGGGAGUAGCGGGUUGCCUAGUUUGACUCUUUGAGAGAGAGAUUUCACUGAAAGAGGAAAUUGAGCUAUAGGAAACUGGUAAUGAAGGACGACUCGAAACGGACGGGGAUGAAGGAUGAUGACCAUUCACUCGAGAUGACGAGAUGCAUACAUGAGACAGACAAGAAGCAUAAGGUGCUGUGGGAAGAUCUGAUUGUUGAGGCCAGUUAUGAACAUUGCUCACGCUUGAAAGCAUCGGUCCGUAACCUUCCCCCUCCGUGAGAGAGAGAGAGAGAGAGAGAGAGAAAUAA